ACACCAAUAGCACACGGUGGAUGAGCACAUGUCCUGACGUCACGGACAACGCCCCCGUCCGGCCCACUGACGCAAACCGUGAGCCGAUCCUCAGGUCACCCGCACCGCGCCACCGAGCCGGCCAGAGACACACGGAUGGACCGCAGCGCGCUCACACGGGGAUCAUAAAGCCGGUCUUCUUCUUCUUCUACCCUUUCUUUGAUUCAGACUCCAUUUUAACAAGCGGUACAACCCGAGUAUGGUGGCUAUUUGAAGAGGAAAAGGAUGCCUCAGAAAGACACCCUGCUAAACCUCUUCGCCGGGGGAUGUAGUGGUACGGUGGGAGCCAUCGUGACCUGCCCCCUGGAGGUGUUGAAAACACGGUUGCAGUCCUCUGGUCUGGCACUUCGACCCAUCUUCCAGGUCCAGCUGGGCACCCUGAGCGGCACUGGAGUUAUUCGACCGGGUACAGUUUCUCCGGGGCUGCUUCAGGUCCUCCGGUCAAUACUAGAAAAAGAGGGACCAAGAUCACUUUUCCGUGGUCUGGGGCCAAACCUUGUUGGUGUUGCCCCCUCAAGAGCCAUUUACUUUGCUGCAUACUCAAAAUCUAAAGAGACGUUCAAUGGGCUGUUCGUCCCUAAUAGUGGACCGGUGCACAUGUCGUCUGCUGGUGUUGCCGCUUUCGUUACGAACUCUCUGAUGAACCCAGUCUGGAUGGUCAAGACCAGAAUGCAGCUGGAGAAAAAAGCCAGAGGCGAGAAGAAGAUGAAUGCAUGGCAGUGUGCACGCUAUGUUUACAAAACGGAAGGGAUUCGGGGCUUCUACCGAGGUUUGACUGCAUCUUACGCUGGCAUCUCGGAGACCAUGAUCUGCUUCCUCAUCUAUGAGACACUGAAGAAACACCUCGCCAAGACCCAAUUCGCCUCCUCAAAUGGUGAAAAGGAGAAAGGAGCAUCAGACUUCCUGGGUCUGAUGAUGGCAGCUGCUUUUUCAAAGGGUUGUGCAUCCUGCAUAGCCUAUCCACACGAGGUUAUUCGGACAAGGCUGCGUGAGGAAGGCAGCAAGUACAAGUAUUUCUUCCAGACCGGAAGGUUAAUAGCGGUGGAAGAAGGCUAUGCAGCUUUUUAUAGGGGACUCAUUCCACAGCUAAUUAGACAAAUCCCUAACACAGCCAUCGUCCUCUCCACGUAUGAACUCAUUGUCCAUCUUCUGGGAGAAUCAAAGUGAAGAAAAGGCUGGAAAGUUGGGAUCCUGACAAGCAGUGGAUGCCACACAGAACCCCCAAAAUGCUGGGCAAAAGACUUCUGAAAAUUGCAGUACAUACAUUUUAUUAAAUGUGGUGCUGCAGAGACUUUUAUGGUGGAACUGAAGCAGGUUGUACUGUUAUCCAAAGAGCUAAACACAUUAUUUUAUUGAAAGCUUGUUGUUCGGACAUUAUCAAAACAACUGAAGAAGUCGAGAUACUUAUUAAAACUCCAAACCUGUGAAAGAGGUCAUCUUCUUAGAGGACUAGUGUUAAGUUAACUAAAUUAUUUUAUGUUUUGUUUUAUGACAUUGUUUGUCUCCUUUUAUUGGUGGUAAAUGUACCAACACACAUGACUGCACAGGUUGACUCUUUUGGUUAAUGACGGGAAAUAAUUCAGAUGAAGUGCUACUAAUAGUGCUGUUUCUUGAAAUGUAAUGACUACAAAUCAUUUUGAGUUUUCUGUUUCACAAAUUCACUGGUUUUGAAGUUUGAAUUACAGAGAAAUGUAUCAUAUUUUUCAAUAAUAUAUAUAUAUAAAUAUAUAUAUAUAUCUAAAUAUAUAUAAUUAUAUGCAGACUUAUCUGUAUGUUUUCUUUGUGGAAAAAAGUCACCUUUUACAAUAUAAUGAGAACUUGGAUGCCUAUUUGACCAAUGGCUCAAUA